AUGAGACUAGGCUGGGCUCCUGCGGGCCUUCUACAGAUGAUCCUGGGGCCUUUGCUGGUCCUUCUCGUCUGUGGGCUGUCGCCUGUCCUGGGGCAGCAGGUCUAUACCAACCAGUGGGCUGUUCACGUACCCGGAGGUCCCGAGGAAGCCGAUCGUAUUGCCUCAGAAUACGGAUUCAUCAACCACGGUCAUGUCUUUGGGGAUUACUACAACUUUCGGCAUCGAAGAGUAGUAAAGAGAUCCUUAUCGGAGCACAGAGAGACUCAAGUUCGCUUAGAAGAAGAUCCAAAGGUCUCUUGGGCAGAGCAACAAGUUGUCAAACGCAGGAGAAAACGAGACCUUUAUGCUGACCCUAUUGACCCAAAGUUUGAACAACAGUGGUAUUUGAAAAACGACAACCGUCGUGACUUGAACGCCACAGGAGCGUGGGAGCAAGGCUACACUGGUCGUGGAGUGGUUGUGUCUAUACUGGAUGAUGGUAUAGAGAAGAACCACCCUGAUUUAAUGCAGAACUAUGACCCAGAUGCCAGUUAUGACGUGAAUGAUGCUGACCCAGACCCCCAGCCUCGUUACACGCAGCUCAAUGACAACAGACAUGGAACACGAUGUGCAGGUGAAGUGGCAGCAGUGGCCAACAAUGGGAUCUGUGGAGUCGGUGUGGCUUACAACGCAAAGAUUGGGGGUGUGCGCAUGCUGGACGGGGAGGUGACCGACAUGGUUGAAGCGCAGUCGCUGAGCCUCAACCCGCAGCACAUUGACGUCUACAGUGCCAGCUGGGGUCCAGAGGAUGACGGCAAAACCGUGGACGGCCCGGCCAAACUGGCCAAAGAAGCAUUCCUACAUGGAGUCACAGAGGGCCGUGGAGGACUGGGUUCCAUCUUUGUGUGGGCCUCUGGAAACGGUGGCAGGGAAAGGGACAGCUGCAACUGUGAUGGCUACACAAACAGCAUCUACACCCUGUCCAUCAGCAGCUCCACCCAGAACGGCCAAGUGCCCUGGUACAGCGAGGCCUGCUCCUCCACCCUCGCCACCACCUACAGCUCCGGAAACCUCAAUGAGAAACAAAUUAUCACCACAGACCUCAAAUCGAAGUGCACGGACUCUCACACGGGAACCUCCGCCUCUGCGCCUCUCGCUGCUGGAAUCAUCGCUCUUGCUCUGGAGGCCAAUAAAAACCUGACCUGGAGGGACAUGCAGCAUCUGGUUGUACGAACUUCUCAACCUGCGCACCUCCUCGCCAACGACUGGAGAAGCAAUGGAUUUGGGCGCCAAGUCAGUCAUUCGUAUGGAUAUGGUCUGUUGGAUGCUGGGGCCAUUGUAGCGCUGGCGAAGACAUGGACUAAUGUGGGGCCUCAGAGGAAGUGUGUGCUCACCAUCCUGGCUGAUCCCAGGAACAUAGGAACUCACUUAUCAAUAAACAAGAGUGUGAGCGCCUGCUUUGGCUCAGAUUCUUACGUGAAGUCUCUGGAGCACGUUCAGGCUCGCCUCACUCUGUCCUACAACCGCAGAGGAAACCUGGCCAUCCACCUCAUCAGCCCGGCCGGCACCCGCUCCACGCUCCUUCAUUCACGACCUCAUGACUACUCUUCAGAAGGCUUCAACGAUUGGGCUUUCAUGACCACGCACUCCUGGGACGAGGAUCCCGCGGGCGUCUGGACUCUGGAAAUAGAAAAUGUUGUCGGAGCCAGUGACUAUGGCACGCUGACACAGUUCACCUUGGUACUGUAUGGCACUGGCCCCCCCUCGGACUCAGCAGCAGAGAAGCUUCAGCCUGGCAGCAGCAGCUGUAAGACGCUGGACCUGAGGCAGAUUUGCAUCGAGUGCAAUGCUGGCUACUACCUCCAUAAACAGGGCUGUGUCAAACAGUGUCCAUCCGGUUUCUCUGUGGGCUCCCAGCCCCUGAACUACACCGUGGGGAACUUUGUGGAGCCCGCGUCGGUCAAAGCUUGUCUUGUGUGUCCUCCGCCCUGCUUCACCUGUAGCCACCUCAGCGAGGACGCGUGUACGUCCUGUCCGCCGCACAGUUACCUGGAGAAAAACCCGGGAAAAUGCCUGCACCUCAACCAGAUCUUGAGAGAGACUCCUAGUGGUUUCAUGGUAGGAGAACAUGGAGAGCGCCAUCUGGAGGUGGACAUGGGCUCUCAUCUGCCCAUCACCAUCGCAGUGCUCAGCUGCGUGGCCAUUAUUGCCACCUUCGUUGGGGUCUUCCUGCUGCUGCAGAUCCGCUCAGGUGCUCUCAUCAAACUGCCCUCCCUGGAGGCUGGCUCUCGGCUGGGAGCAAACUUCAGCCUGGGAGGUCACCUCAGAUCCACAGAACGUUUGACAGAACUCAAGUGCUAUGUAGACCGUCCUUUGGAGCAGCAGGACUGGUAUCAUGGAGCCAUCCCCAGACUGGAGGUCCAAGAACUACUAAAGAACAAUGGGGACUUUCUAGUGCGGAAAAGUCAAGAAAAGCCUGGCUAUGUGCUGUCGGUGCAGUGGAACCAAUCCUGCAAGCACUUCCUCAUUCAAUACGUAGAUGACAUGUAUCGCAUGGAUGGGGAGAGUUUCCAGAGCAUCCCUAAACUGAUCCAUCAUCUGUUCUUCACUCAACAACACGUCACCAAGAAGUCCGACAUCCUGCUGAAGAACCCUGUGAACAAGGACAAAUGGGUUUUGGAACACGAUGACUUGAUUCUGGGGCCACUUAUCGGACGGGGAAACUUUGGGGACGUGUACAAAGGACAUCUGCGCCUCAACAACACUCCUGUCGCUGUAAAGUCUUGCAGAGAGAGUUUGGCUCCAGAGCAAAAGAACAAGUUUCUCAUGGAGGCCAGGAUCUUAAAGCAAUACGAUCAUCCGAACAUUGUGAAGCUAAUCGGCGUGUGCACCCAGAGGCAGCCCAUCUACAUCAUCAUGGAGCUGGUCCCAGGAGGUGAUUUCCUUUCCUUCCUGCGUACUGAGGGUCUAAACCUCAAGUCCAAGAUGAUGAUUAAGAUGACAAGAGACGUUGCAUCUGGAAUGGAGUAUCUGGAGGGGAAGAAGUGCAUACACAGGGAUCUGGCAGCUCGGAACUGCUUGGUUGGAGAGAAAAAUGUGGUGAAGAUCAGCGACUUUGGGAUGUCCCGGCAGAAGGAGGACGGGGUCUACUCUGCAGAAGGAGGUCCGAGGCAGAUCCCUGUCAAAUGGACUGCUCCCGAAGCAUUAAACUUUGCUCGUUAUACAUCAGAGAGUGAUGUGUGGAGUUUUGGAGUCUUAUUAUGGGAAGUCUUCUCAUUAGGCAUGACGCCCUACACAAGUUUCACCAACCCUCAAACAAGAGACCAGGUGGAGAAAGGUUACCGCAUGCCUGCUCCAUCAGGGUGUCCUGUAGAAAUAGCCAAAAUGAUGAGUUCCUGCUGGGAAUAUGAACCUCACAAAAGGCCCACGUUUAAGAAACUUCGAGUUGAGUUGGCAUCCAUUCACAACAAGAUGAUAUCAACUUAG